UGAGGAGCUGCGUCACGCGCCGCGCGCUCCCACGCAAGUAGUUUGUCUUUUUUUUUUUCUGAGUUGGUUGAAUUCUGAGGCUCGGCGCGCCGCCGUCUCCCGGACCUUCGUUUUUCUCCUGUUUUUGUUUUUUUCUUGAAGGAGAGGAAAUAGAAAAUGAGGGAAAGCGAUGGAGAGCCGAGCACGUCGCGGUGAGCGCGCCUGUGCUGCUCUGCGCGCGCCGCGGACGCUCCUCUGAACACGGUUCCUCCACUUUCAGCCGCUCCAAAGUUCCCCCGGCAGGAGGAAGAAGCCGUCUCUGGAAGUGCAGGAGCCUCUGAGGGCCUCCGUCCGCCCCCGUCCGCCCCAUCCGCCCCCAUCCGCCCCGUGGUCAUGGUGAACAACCAGCCGGCGGGCUCGGCGCCGCGGCCGUGCGCCGGCUGCGGAGGGAAGAUCUCGGACCGCUUCCUGCUCUUCUCCAUGGAGCGCUACUGGCACACCCGCUGCCUCAAGUGCUCCUGCUGCCAGGCGCAGCUGGGAGACAUUGGCACCUCCUGCUACAGCAAGGGGGGCAUGAUCCUGUGCAGGAGCGACUACAUCAGACUGUUCGGACACAGUGGAGCGUGCAGCGCCUGUGGACAAUCCAUCCCCGCCAAUGAGAUGGUGAUGAGAGCGCAGGGCAACGUCUACCACCUCAAGUGCUUCAGCUGCGCCACCUGUCGGAACAGACUCAUGCCCGGCGACCGCUUCCACUACGUCAACGGAACCAUCUUCUGCGAGCACGACAGGCCCGGCGCUGCCUUGCUCAGCAGCCACCUGCCGCCGCUGCAGAGCAGCGCCGUGCUGACGGACCAGAAGGUUUGCUGAGUCCAGAUCAGCCCUCCUCCUCCUCCUCCUCCUCCUCCUCCUGCUCCGUCACCGUUGUUGUUGUGGACUUCCAUCAGCGCUUCCCCCUCCUCCGCCGUAUCAAACAUCCAGAGUCCCGUUAAUGUGGUGUUCCAUGUUCAGCCGUGAGUUCAGAGACUUGAGUGAUGCAGCCGAGGACGAGCGACUGGACGCCUCCUCCAGGACUGACACUGACUGGACCGACCUGCUGCGCCGCCGCCGCACAGUGCCAGUCAACCCCCCGACUCUUCUCUGUGUGUGUUCCCCCAAUCCGGCGAGCCGCCCCCCCGAUCCACAGCGCCCCCCUCACUCUCACAGAACCCGUCAGAACCAUGAAAUUGCCCUGUGGCUUCGCAACUCUGCUUCAGAGUCAGACGUCUGGUUCUGGUUCACUGAGGCCUCGUCGACAAGACACCUUCAAGUGAAAACGCCAAACUUUUUUAUUGUUCUGGAUGUCUGUUUCCACGACGAUGAUGCUGAAGGAAAACGCAGCUUUUCUGAAACGCUGGUCCUGGUCCUGCUCCUGGUCCCGGUCCUGGUCCCGGUCCUGGUCCUGGCAGUUUUAGAGUUGUCAGUCACCGUAACAACAAUCCAGCUUGGUGUUCCGUCCAUAUGAUUGUCUGUCUUCUCCGUUCUUAAUGUGGUUUCAUUACAACAAACAGUCGUUUUCAGAAUGUUGCCAUGUAAACGUGAAACUUCUCAGAAA